CCAAACAAGGCGCCCUGACUUUGCUUGCCCAGGUCACCGGGUUUUCCCUGCUCGGCGCCCCCUCCUCGCGUUGCUGGACGCAGGUGAGCCCAGCCCUGCACCGCCCGGAGGCAUCAGGUGUCCUGGGCGUGGUGCCGGCGGUGCAGGGAGGAACUGUGAUGUCGAGAGCUUUCGGUGACAGAAAGCGGGAGGGUCGGGUCCCCGGACAUCGGCCGGAUGGAAGGGACACAGGUGGCAGGGGAGCACCAGCUGCAGCAGUUGGGCGCAGCGCCUGCUUGGCCGCCCCGCCGAGAGAUGGCGAACCCCGAGGUAGUUAUAAGUAGCUGCAGCUCUCGCCAGGAGGAAAACUGCUGCACCUUUAACCAGAACACAUCUCCCUCCGAGCAGCUGCUGUUAGAAGACCAGAUGAGGCGAAAACUCAAAUUUUUUUUCAUGAAUCCUUGUGAGAAGUUCUGGGCUCGAGGUAGAAAACCAUGGAAACUUGCCAUUCAAAUUAUAAAACUUGCAAUGGUGACUAUCCAGCUGGUCUUUUUUGGGCUGAGUAACCAGAUGGUGGUAGCUUUCAAGGAAGAUAACACUGUCGCGUUCAAACACCUCUUCCUAAAAGAGUACGUGGACCAAGCAGAUGACACAUAUGCAGUAUACACACAGCGCGACGUGUACAAUCAGAUCCUCUUUGCGGUGAACCAGUACUUGCAGCUGCGCAACAUCUCGGUUGGGAACCAUGCUUAUGAGAAUAGGGGCACAGAGCGGUCCGGUAUGGCGAUCUGUCAGCACUUCUACAAGCAAGGAAACAUCCUUCCUGGAAAUGAUACCUUCGAUAUUGAUCCCAAAAUUGAAACUGAAUGUUUCUCUGUGGACCCAGAUGAGUCUUUUUACAUUGGAACACUAGAAGAAAAUAAACUGAACCUAACGCUGGACUUCCACAGGCUUCUCACUGUGGAGCUGAAGUUUAAACUGAAGGCCAUUAAUCUGCAGACUAUUCGUCAUCACGAGCUCCCUGACUGUUACGACUUUACUCUGACUAUAACAUUUGACAACAAAGCCCAUAGUGGAAGAAUUAAAAUAAGCUUAGAUAACGACAUUUCCAUCAGAGAAUGUAAAGACUGGCAUGUGUCUGGGUCACUUCAGAGGAACACUCACUACAUGAUGAUCUUUGAUGCCUUUGUCAUUCUGAUCUGCUUGGCUUCCUUAAUCCUGUGCUUUCGGUCUGUGAUUAAAGGAAUUCAACUUCAACAGGAAUUUGUCAAUUUUUUCCUCCUCCAUUAUAAGAAGGAGGUCUCUUUUUCUGAUCGAAUGGAAUUUGUCAAUGGAUGGUAUAUUAUGAUUAUAAUCAGUGACUUACUGACGAUCAUCGGAUCAAUUCUGAAAAUGGAAAUCCAAGCCAAGAGUCUAACAAGUUAUGAUGUCUGCAGCAUACUUCUUGGGACCUCCACCUUGCUUGUGUGGAUCGGCGUCAUCCGAUACCUCAGUUUCUUUCAGAAGUACAAUCUCCUUAUCCUGACCCUUCAGGCAGCGCUGCCCAACGUCAUGAGGUUCUGCUGCUGCGCAGCCAUGAUUUAUUUUGGCUAUUGCUUCUGUGGAUGGAUUGUGCUGGGGCCCUACCACGAGAAGUUCCGUUCUCUGAACAUGGUCUCUGAGUGCCUUUUUUCUCUGAUAAAUGGAGAUGAUAUGUUUGCCACAUUUGCAGGAAUGCAGCAAAAAAGUUACUUGGUCUGGCUAUUUAGCAGAACUUACCUCUACACAUUCAUCAGCCUCUUUAUAUAUAUGAUUUUAAGUCUUUUCAUUGCACUGAUCACCGAUACGUAUGAAACAAUUAAGCAUUACCAACAAAACGGCUUCCCGGAGACCAAACUGCGGACGUUUAUAUCAGAGUGCAAAGAUCUGCCCAACUCCGGAAAGUACAGAUUGGAUGAUGACCCUCCAGUGUCCAUAUUUUGCUGUUGUAAAAAGUAGCUGUCAGGCUUCUGUGUGCUCUAGAGGAAAACAUGGCGUGUAGCUGCGUCGGGAGACUUUUUAAGUAUAUUUUAAGAUCUGGUGGAGUAUAUUUGAAAACGACUAUUUUGAGCAAAUUGAUAGCUAUAAUUUAUUAAGAACUCAUUAGGUUUAUAAUUUUUAAAAGCAAUAUUUAAUGUCUUUCAGCUUUAUGUUGAGUUCAUUUUUUUAAAAAAAAACCCUAACUUUGAUUAGAGAA